GACAGCCUCACACAGUGCUGGACUGUAAAAAGCCUCUCAGCUCUGCUCUCCGGCUGCGGCCACCAGAGAAGAUGCUUCACGCUUACUUUUCAUGAGAUUACUGCAACACUGGGUGGAGUGGCAGCUCUGCAGCUGAUGGGCUGCUGCUGCGGCUCUUUCUAUCUUAUCCCUCUUUCAAUUGGGACGCUGGGGAGAAAUACAUAGCUUGAAACACACUGUUGGGAGGCAAAUGAAUGGAGCAGAGUGACGGGGGAUUUCCCCAGGCUGCCUUCACACCAAUGGAUCUGGACACACGCUUUUAUCUGGCCAAAAUGUGUUUUGCCGAAUAACUUUUUUUCUUUACAAGAUAAUCUCUUAAGAGCUUGCAGCCUGAACACUUUGUGGAUUUUUACUGUAAGGAUCCACACCAUAUCUUAAGCUUAAGGAUGUGCUCUAUAGUCAUACUUCAUCAGUGGAGUCUGGCUGUGUUCUUGCUGUGCUCCCCGGUGACUCUUGAUGGGAGACCAGUUGAUGCACUUAGUAGCAGAACGAGGAGGUCAGUGAGCCACGCCCAGCUGAUGCAUGACAAGGGUCGCUCCUUGCAGGAGUUUAAGCGCCGCAUGUGGCUGCAGGAGCUGCUGGAAGAGGUGCACACCGCCGAUGAGCGAGCUCCACCUGAGCAGAGCAAAACCCAGAGCCAGACCUUCAGUGGGAACGCUCUGCACGAGAAGCCCUCAGGGGCCACCAAGAACCUCCCUGAGAGGUUCAAGCUGGACAGAGACGGCCCUAACCUGCCCCAGGAGACCAACAAGGCUCUGGCUUAUAAGGACCAGCCACUUAAAGUGGCCACCAAGAGGAAAAAAAAGGUGAGGCUAGGCCGACGAAGAGAGAGCGACAAGAAGCGGAGGCGAGCACGGUCUGUUUCAACAAAGGAGCCGUGAAGGACGCUGUGCCGUGACUAAGAGACUCCGUAGAGCUUUUUGGUGCUGCACUAAGACACUAGACUGGGAUCUGACAGACUCUGCCAAUGGCUGACUCAGUCGCUUCAUAUUACAACCAUGGGGUUGUGCUUGUACAGUAUGAUAAUAUUUUGCUGUGUUUGUAUUUUAAAUCUUAUACUUCCUGAAGUUUCGUGAACUAUCAUAAUAACAUCUUCUGUCCAUAUUUAUUUGGGAAAUCUGUAGGCCUCUGUAAAAUUGUUGACUUCAAAAGAAAGCCAUAUGCCGUCAUGUCUAACCAGUCGUAAGCAUGAGUAGAUCAUCGGAGGAACUAUUUAUUGCCUGAAAAAUAAUGUAAUUUCACAACAUUGGGAAGCUAAAUGGUCUACUCUGUUGACUAUUGUGAGCUUACAGUUAUAAACUUACAUACAAACUGUUCACUGAGAACAUCUGUUCAAACUGUUUUGCCAUAAUUUAUUUCUUUGAAAGUGUGUAUUUAUUUUGUGAAUGUAUCACAGUGCUGCUGACUAAAUUCCAUAAUGCACUUUAGUUAAAUCAUGUACAUGUUCUUUUGUGGUUUAUUAUUUAGAAUUUUCUGUUGAUGGUCCUGCUUUCCCUUCCCAACUUAGAUCCUUAAUGGACUUGUAACUUAUUGGAUGUUUAAUGUAAUCUAUUUUCAACAUUACAAUUUUCUUUUUUAACAAGUCCAAGUCAGGGCC